AUGGAAAUCGAUACACUCUCUGUAAUUCUCAUAUUCCUAAUAGUCUUUUUUGUCUUCUUAACUAUUCGAGAUGCACCAAAUCCCGACGUGCAUCCAUUAUUGCUUACCUUGCAAUCCGAUGCAGCUAAGGUUAGGUAUCCUGGAGAGUCGGCAGUUUAUAGAAGAGGCGGAAGUCAGAACGGGAUGGGUAUAUUUGAAAGAGAUGCAAAGACUUUAGCGGAUUUGUUUUCUAAUAAAACAAACAAGGACAUGCAAUGCUUGGGUAGUCGACGAGAUGGGAGCGGGAAGUAUGUUUGGCAAACUUAUGAACAAGUGGCCGAGAGGGUUGCGAACUUUGGAUCAGGAUUGAUCAAGCAUACUGGGUUGGAGUCAAAAGACUUGCUUGGAAUUUUUAUGAAUAGUAGACCAGGUAUUGGAUUAGUACCAUUUAUUUGUUAUGAGGGAAUCAUUGACAUGCAAUUAACUAAUAAACAUGCAAUGUUUCAUGUAGAAUGGGUGAUCGCCGAUUUGGCAUCUAGUCAUUACAAUCUGAUCACUGUGGCCAUGCUGAGCAGUUCACCACGUCUCACCGAUGUCAUUAAUCAAUUACAGCUCACCGAUGUUCGAGUGAUUGUAGUGUCCCAAGAAACUCUACCAGUCAUAUUUUCGGCUUCGUCAUCACCUAACAGUUUAAGACACGUCAUUCUGGUCGGUGAUAACAAGACAGUCAUCACAGACGAACAGAGAGAACAGGCGAACGCUUUGAAGUUGAAUUUGUGUUCUUUUGAAGAGAUUGAAGAGAUCGGGAAGAAGGAAAGGGUAGAAUACAAAUUUGCUGCACCCAAAGACACGGCAACAAUAGUGUUCUCGAGGGGUACAACAUCUGAAGGACCCAAAGGAAUUGAGUUAACUCACGAGAAUAUUUUGGCGGACAUAGCUGGAAUACUUACCACCGUACACGAUAAGCAAAGGACAAACCAUGAGGACAGAUACUU